AGAAAACUGCUAAUGGCUCACCACAUAAUCCAAUCCCUUUUAGGCAUAAUACAAAAUGAAAAUCCAGUGUGUUAUGAUAGUGACAAUCCUUUGACAUCAGAGACAUGACUUGUAGGGUGUAUGAAAACCAUCAGAAGAACAAAAAACAUGGGUAAGCAAUGCCUAAGCCUUCCUAGGUUUGCUUGCAGCAAUUUGAGACUCGGGCUCCUUUUUUACAUGCUCUUCUUUUUCAGACAAGAUCAACUCAAUAUGGCAUGAGGAAGACAUGUAAGGGUUAAUUCGACCGUGAGCACGGUAUGUACGGCGCCUUUGCUUCUGGGCUUGGUUCACUUGAAUGUGAGAGAUGUAGAGAGAAUCCACAUCAAGCCCUUUGACCUCAGCAUUGCUUUCGGCAUUUUUAAGCAAAUCCAGAAUGAACUUGGCAGAUUUUACAGGCCAUCGUCCCUGUCCAUUGGGAUGUCUGUUCUUCGCCUGAGCAGUCCUUCCAACACCUCUACAGAAGCGGGUGAAAGGAAUGGCCUGUUUGUGUGCCAAUACAUCUUCAAGAUACCUUUUUGCCUUUAUUAGAGGUAGCUUCCUAAUAGCAUGUGCUGUUUCCCUGGUGUUCUUGAAAUGAACUCUGAGAUCUGCACCCCUGGCUUUGCAGGACUUGGUGGGAUUAACUCUUCCCAGCUAUGCCACAAAUUGGAAAAGUCGUUGGACUGAGGAAAGGAAAUCCUUCGGUUGUCUUCACAGGAGAGGAGGAGCAGCAUCUUGCGCAAGAACUCCAGUACGCUGUUGUGGGCAGGUCUAACAUCUCUCCUCCAUUGAAUGAUCUCCACAGAAUCCUCUACUCCAUAGGAUUCAAGGCGUUCUUAAUCAAACCCCUUUCAAGGUAUGACACACUCUUCAUCUUCCAAUUUGAACAUGAUUACCAGAGGUUCCUUCUGCGUAGAACAUGGAAGUUUGGCAAGGCAGAUUUUUAUGUUUUCAAAUGGUCUCCUGAUUACUCCUCUAGCACAGAUUGCCCUGUUAUCCCUGUUUGGGUCUCUAUCUUCAAUGUCCCUCUCCACCUUUUUCACCCACCAGCCCUUUACACCCUAGCCUCUUGUCUUGGUAGACCCUUCAAACCAGAUGAACGAACCCUAAUUGGCAAAAACACCAGCAGGGCCAGAAUGUGUAUUGAAAUUGAUUUCUCCAACCCAGUCCCACAGGCCAUACACCUUCGGCUAGGGGCACGAGACUUUAAUCUUCCCUUAACCAUUGAAAAGCCCCCUUCUUUCUGUCAUACCUGCAAGCUUUUAGGCCACAAGGAAUCAUCUUGCAAAAAACGAUUUGUCGCCGGAAAAGUCCACACCGGCGACACACUGAUGGUGGCAAAUGGAGAUUCAGAUUGGACUAUAGUCAAGAGGAAACGUCCAACACAAAAUCCCCAAACUUGCCUAGUCCCUGUGCAUUACUGGAAAAUUAAGGACCCCAGUCAAAACCCUCCUGCUGCAAAUAUAUGCCAAGCUGGUACAUCCAAAAGUACAGCUCACUCUCCCACUUUAGCACCCUUAUCCCCCACCCCUAGUCAAUCUGCCAGCUUAAUCCCUAAACCCCACAUCACCUCCAAUGUUCAUCCCAAUACCACCCCCAACAUUUGUCCUGAGCUCCUUAACCUCAUGGACCUUGACCCAACCCCUACUCUCCCAUCUGGUAGUCUAGACGACACCACCUCCCCAGAGGUUAUUAACCAUGACCCAACCACUACUAUUCUCAAUAAUCUUGGCUUUCCAUUGCAUGACACUGACAGUGAGGAGGAACUGGACAUCCACUGCCACUCUGAAGGGGAUGAUGAACCAUACAUCAAAGGAAACCUUGAACCCUUCAUCCUUAAACCAACACUUAAAUGUGCACAGGUCCUUAAUAUCUCCUCUAUUUAUGGCAAGCAUGACCUAAUCCAAAGGAGGGACUUAUGGAACCUCAUUACUGCUCAUAGACCUACUGAUGAAAUGUGGAUUUUAGGAGGUGACUUCAACGCCAUCACCUCCCUUUCAGAACACAAAGGUACCGCUACCCCGUGCAGCAGAAGUAUGGCAGAAUUCAAUGAAUGCAUUGAAGAGAACUCCCUUAUACAGAUUUCUCCUUCCAAAGGAUGGUUUACUUGGUGUGGGAAAAGGGGCCAAGGGAGAGUUUGGCGAAGGCUUAAUAGAAUACUAAUCAACUCAGAGGUUGUUAACACCUUUGAUGAAAUCAGCUGCAAACACCUCAGUAAAACUGGAUCCGAUCACAACCCCCUCCUUCUUGAGUGCACCACUGCCCACAUCUCAGCCCCCAAAUCCUUUAGAAUCCUUCACCCCUGGCUCACACACACAACAUUCCUUGCUAUGGUAUCAAAGUACUGGAGCUCAACCCCAACCUCUGGAGGAAUGAGGGGCUUAUGUAACAAGCUUCAAGGACUAAAGGCUGUCAUCAGAGAAUGGAAUAAGAGUAUCUUUGGGGACAUUUUUUUUGCUGUCAAACAGGCCGAAAAGGAAUCCAUGGCUGCAGAAAUUGCCUUUGAUGAGAGGCCAACAGAAACAAACAGAGAAACUUGGUCCAAAGCUAAAGCUAAGCUCAUCCUAGCCACCAACACAGAAGUGGAAUACUGGAAGCAGAAAGCUAAUGUAAGAUGGAUGGAAAAAGGUGAUGCCAACUCAAAAUACUUCCAUUCCCUUGUUAAAGGCAGAAAACACAAAUUAUCCAUCAAGCAUAUCAAGUCCUCAGAAGGCAGAAACCUUACCCAGCCCAAGGAAAUCCAAACAGAAGCUGUUAACCACUUCACCAAAAUUUAUACCAAAUCAUCUGUCCAUGGCCUGGAGGAAAUCACUCAGUUCAUCCCAAACGUAAUCACAGAGGAGGAAAACAAUAACCUUACCAUUCUCCCCACCCUUGAAGAGGUCAGAGCAGCAGUUUGGGACCUUGAUCCACACAGCACCAGUGGACCGGAUGGCUAUACAGGGGAGUUCUUCAGGAAAACUUGGCACAUUUUAGGACAAGACCUCCACAAAGCUGCACAGGAAUUCUUCCUCGGUAUUCCCACCCCCAAGGCCUAUGGAAUUCGUGCUCUUCACCACAUACAGCAAGCGUACUCAUACAAACUAUGGGCAAAGAUCAGAUCUGACCAAGGACUUUGGGCAACAUUCAUGCACAGGAAAUACCUCAAAAGCAACAUCUUUAAGGAAAGGCUUCCAGACUCUGCGGUUUGGAAGAGGAUCUUUAGAGUAAAUGCAACGGCAACUGAACACACAACCAUGACGGAUGGCACACUGAAAUGGAUGGACAAAGAUUUCACCCUGAAAGCAGCCUAUCUCUCUACCCUGCAACCUGUCCCACCCCAGAUACAGAACAAAUUUAUUUGGCACAAAUAUCAGACACCAAACAUCAAGCUCUUCCUCUGGAAAGUCCAUCACAAUGCCCUCCCCUUCACACCUAAUGUACGAACUCUCUCUAUCCCUAUGGACCACUACCCUCAUCCAACAGUACAAUCCAACAUCACCUACUCCAAUGGUGGGCAAAAGCAAGGGGAAAAGGAUUAGAAGGUAACCUACGUGCAGUGGUACCCGGUUUUAUUGCAUAGACCCUUUGGAAGAAUCACACCUCGGCCCUCCAUGAAGAUAGGCAAAACAACAUUCAUGGCUUGAUCAAAACUAUAACCUCUCUUAUCCAAAGGUGGUACUGGAUAAAUAGGAGGAAAAAAUGGCUAAUCAAGGG